AUGGACACCCCCGUCUGGUUCAUCACCGGCGCCAGCUCUGGCUUCGGCUUCGAGAUCGCCAAGGUAGCCCUCGCCCGUUCCCACAAGGUUAUCGCCACGGCCCGCAACACCACCAAGCUCGCCCGUCUGGCGGACCUCGGCGCGACCGUCAUUCCCCUCGACGUGACGGCGCCCGAAUCCACCAUCCGCGCCGCCCUGGCCGAAGCCCACGGCCUCCACGGCCAGCUCACGCACGUCAUCAACUCGGCCGGCUACGUCCUCGAUGGCGCCGUCGAGGAGUGCACCGCCGACGAGGUCGCCGCCAUGUACGCCACCAACGUCCUCGGCACGCACAAGGUCACCCGCGCCGCAGCCCCCUACCUGCGCGCCCAGGGCGCCGGCGUCGUCGCCAACUUUGGCUCCCUCGGCUCCUGGGCCGGCAGCGCCGCCUGCGCCCACUAUUGCGCCACCAAGUGGGCCGUCUCGGGCCUCUCGGAGGGCCUGGCGCAGGAGCUGGGUCCCUUUGGCGUCGACGUGUGCGUCGUCGAGCCGGGCUACUUCCGCACGGGAUUCCUGAACGCCGGCGCCCGCCUGCACGCCGAGGAGCGGCUCGGGGCCUACCAGGACGGACCCGCAGCCGAGAAGAUGGCCGACUUGGACCGCGCAAACGACAACCAGGCCGGCGACCCCGUCAAGGCCGCAGAGGUCAUUGUCGACGUGCUGACGAGGUCGGGUGUGGCUGAGGGUCGGGCCAUCCCGCUGCGGCUGGUGCUGGGGACGGACUGCCUGGCGACUGUGAGGCAAAAGUGCAAGGACACUGUUGCGCUGUUGGAUGAAUGGCAGGACGUUUCUGCUUCCACUGAUUUUGUCGUGUAA